AUGUUUAACAGCUGCAUAACCCAACAGAACUAUUCCUCCAAUGACACUGUGCUGCACUCCUCAGAGAAACUCCACGCUGUUCUGAUAGUCCUGUACAUCAUCAACCUGGCUGGUGGCACCCUCGGGGUCAUCAUGAUGUCCCAGCAGCUGUUCCACAGGAGAUCCCAAUCCGUGAUGACCAUCAUGAUCAUCAGCCUCCUGGUGCUGCACAGCUUCAUGCUCUUUAGCAUCCCAUUCCGCCUCAGCUACUACAUUUUAGGGGAAUGGAAGUUCGGGAGGUUCGCCUGCCGGCUGGCAAGCGCCAUCAUCUACCUGCACAUGUACGCCACCUUCGCCUUGUACGCGGCCAUCAUCAUGGCGCGCCUCCUCCGCCUGGAGCUUCGGAAGUGCUACACGGCGGCCUGGGUGGGGGCUGGCUGGCUGCUGGGAGCACUGGUGGUCACGCCCGUCCUCCUCUCCUACUACGGCACCUCCAAGACGUACCGGCCCUGCGAGUGCUUCCAGUUCCACAGGGAGCUGCAGGAGGCGCACAUGGUGAUCACGAACUACUGCCUGGUUGGGGUGCUGGUGGCAGUGUGUGCCAUGCUCACUGCGAUCCAGCUGACUGUCAUCUACAGGGUAGCCGUGAAAUACUGGCCUGACGUUAACUUUCACGUGGAAUUCAGGGCUCAGGCAAAGAGUUUCUUCUUCAUCUUGGUAACAUUAGUCUGCUUUAUGCCUCAUCAUGUAUUCAGAGUGUAUUACAUCCAAAACUACGACCUUGAUAAAGACCAGAAACUGCUCCUAUACAACGAGGUUUUUUUAGCUUUAACAACAAUGUGCUGCCUGGAUAUGUUGUGCUUCAUAGCAGGAAUAGCACACUGA